AUCUCUCUAUCUUUCUCUCUGUGUGUUGUGUCUCGUGCGAGAUGGUGGCGUUAGCUUUUCUCCCGGAGCUCUGGACGGAGAUUCUCAUCCCUGUCUGCGCGGUUAUCGGCAUAGUUUUCUCUCUCUUCCAGUGGUUCAUCGUCUCUAGAGUCAGAGUCAGCGCUGACCAAGGCGCGUCGUCGUCUUCAGGUGGUGCCAACAAUGGUAAGAAUGGUUAUGGAGAUUACUUGAUUGAGGAAGAGGAAGGUGUUAACGACCAGAGUGUCGUCGCUAAGUGCGCUGAGAUUCAGACCGCUAUAUCUGAAGGUGCAACUUCAUUCCUGUUCACUGAGUACAGAUACGUUGGUGUCUUCAUGGUGUUCUUCGCUGGUAUUAUCUUUGUCUUCCUCGGCUCUGUGGAAGGAUUCAGCACGGAGAACAAGCCUUGCACUUACGAUGAGACCAAGACUUGCAAGCCUGCUUUAGCCACUGCAGCUUUCAGCACCAUUGCUUUCAUUCUUGGUGCAGUCACUUCUGUUCUCUCUGGUUUCCUUGGGAUGAAGAUUGCUACUUACGCCAAUGCUAGAACCACUUUGGAGGCGAGGAAAGGUGUUGGAAAGGCGUUUAUUGUUGCGUUCAGGUCUGGGGCUGUGAUGGGUUUCCUUCUUGCUGCUAGUGGUCUGUUGGUGCUUUACAUUACUAUUAAUGUGUUUAAGAUCUAUUAUGGUGAUGACUGGGAAGGUCUUUUUGAGGCUAUUACUGGUUAUGGGCUUGGUGGUUCUUCAAUGGCUCUCUUUGGACGUGUUGGUGGUGGGAUCUAUACUAAAGCUGCUGAUGUUGGUGCUGAUCUUGUCGGUAAAAUCGAGAGGAAUAUUCCUGAAGAUGAUCCAAGGAACCCAGCUGUCAUUGCUGAUAAUGUGGGUGACAAUGUUGGUGACAUUGCUGGUAUGGGAUCUGAUCUCUUUGGUUCAUAUGCUGAAGCAUCAUGUGCUGCACUUGUUGUUGCUUCCAUCUCUUCCUUUGGAAUCAACCAUGACUUCACUGCCAUGUGCUACCCUUUGCUCAUCAGUUCAAUGGGUAUCUUGGUUUGUUUGAUCACAACUCUCUUCGCCACUGACUUCUUUGAAAUUAAGGCUGUUAAGGAGAUUGAGCCAGCGUUGAAGAAUCAGCUCAUCAUCUCAACUGUCAUAAUGACUGUUGGUAUUGCUAUUGUUUCAUAUGUUGGGUUGCCUUCUUCCUUUACCAUCUUCAACUUUGGAGCACAAAAGGUCGUCAAGAACUGGCAGCUAUUCCUGUGUGUUUGUGUUGGUCUAUGGGCUGGACUCAUUAUUGGUUUUGUUACUGAGUACUACACUAGUAACGCCUACAGCCCUGUGCAAGAUGUUGCAGACUCAUGCAGAACCGGUGCAGCCACCAAUGUUAUAUUCGGAUUGGCUCUUGGUUACAAAUCAGUCAUUAUUCCAAUCUUUGCUAUUGCUGUCAGUAUUUUUGUUAGCUUCAGCUUUGCUGCUAUGUAUGGUGUUGCCGUUGCUGCUCUAGGCAUGCUCAGUACCAUUGCUACUGGUUUGGCUAUUGAUGCUUACGGUCCCAUCAGUGACAAUGCUGGUGGUAUUGCUGAAAUGGCUGGAAUGAGCCACCGUAUCCGUGAAAGAACUGAUGCUCUUGAUGCAGCUGGUAACACCACUGCCGCUAUUGGAAAGGGGUUUGCUAUUGGCUCUGCUGCUCUAGUCUCCUUGGCUCUAUUCGGUGCCUUUGUGAGCCGUGCAGGUGUCCACACCGUAGAUGUUUUGACUCCUAAGGUUAUCAUUGGGCUACUUGUAGGUGCUAUGCUUCCUUACUGGUUCUCAGCCAUGACAAUGAAGAGUGUGGGAAGUGCAGCUCUUAAGAUGGUUGAAGAAGUUCGCAGGCAGUUCAACACCAUCCCUGGACUCAUGGAAGGUACAGCUAAACCAGACUACGCCACAUGUGUCAAGAUCUCAACCGAUGCAUCCAUCAAGGAAAUGAUUCCUCCUGGUUGCCUUGUCAUGCUCACACCUCUCAUUGUUGGUUUCUUCUUUGGUGUUGAGACUCUCUCUGGUGUUCUCGCUGGCUCCCUUGUUUCUGGUGUCCAGAUUGCUAUUUCUGCAUCUAACACUGGUGGUGCCUGGGACAAUGCCAAGAAAUACAUUGAGGCGGGUGUAUCAGAGCAUGCAAAGAGUCUAGGACCAAAGGGUUCAGAGCCACACAAGGCAGCUGUGAUUGGAGACACCAUCGGAGACCCAUUGAAGGAUACAUCCGGACCUUCGUUGAACAUCUUGAUCAAGCUUAUGGCUGUUGAGUCUCUUGUCUUUGCUCCCUUCUUUGCCACUCACGGUGGUAUCCUUUUCAAGUACCUCUAA